CAUGGUGGUGAGUGACAAAUGGAAAUUGAAGGUUUACAUUUAUAAACAAAAAGCAAAAAAAGAAGAAAAAAACUCUGUGAGGAAAAGAAACUCCUUCAAUGGCGGAAGAAGAGAAGCGAACUACACCGGAACCUACUCGUCCCUCUCCGCCGGAACCUCCAUCAAAACCCGAAGAUCCCCCGCCGGCUACAUUCGAUCCUAGUCGAAUGGUUGGGAUCAUCAAGAGGAAAGCUUUGAUUAAGGAUUUAGCUGCAGCUUACCAGGCUGAGUGUCUUGCUUAUUGCCGAGAACUUCUUGACCUCCAAAAGAGAAAGGACGAGCCGUUUCUGGACACAAAAGCUACAGAUGAUGUGAGAAAAGAGACGUUGAGGACUUCUUCCAAACGAGCUAAGAAAAAACGUUAAAUAUGAGAAACACUUGUAUGAUGUUUAGUUCUACGAUGAUAAUGAUGUUGAUAGACCGGUUCUCAUAUUUUUAGAUGGCAGUGAAAAAGCUUGAAAAAUUUGUCUGAUUGUUUAUCUAAGUAUUUACACAUUUACAAGAUGGGAUCACCCUUUCUAUUA